UUAAAAUUGUAUUUGUAGUUAGAAAGGGUUGGUAAAAUACUUAGUUAACAGGUAUUCAAGUUAUAGUACAAACAUGCAUUCAAUUACGCACUUUUAUUCCUUAUGUUUGCCUGUUAAAUAUUAUAUAUUUUACAACUAUCGUAAAUAUUUGAUCAGUAAUAAUUUUAUUUAUUUGUUUUGUUGGCCUUUGUGCAAGUUUGUUUUACCAGCUUGUGGCCCAGCUGAUUUGCUUUUUCUCUUUUGACAAUCCGUUUGACAUUUGAUAAACGUCAAAGUUUACUUUGCGCGUUAAAGCAUUAUUUUGCAUAAGUGCUUAAUAAUUUUUAAUUAAACUAUUUUGCCGUAUAAAAAGUAAAUACUCUUGAUCAAUGGCCGCUGAGGAAGAACAAAUACAAGUGCUGCCGGUCAAGGAGCCGCUGGACUUGAUUAGAUUGAGUUUGGAUGAGAAAGUUUAUGUUAAAAUGCGCAAUGAGCGGGAAUUGCGUGGACGACUACAUGCCUUCGAUCAACAUUUGAAUAUGGUACUAGGCGAUGCUGAAGAAACAGUAACCACUGUGGAAAUUGAUGAAGAAACUUAUGAAGAAGUUUAUAAAACGACAAAGCGUACAAUUCCCAUGCUGUUUGUGCGUGGCGAUGGCGUAAUUUUGGUAUCACCACCUAUGAGAGUGGGUUAAAGCGAAAAUAAUAUUUACAAUAAAUAUUUUUGUAAUGAAUAGAUUGUAAUGUAAUACCGUAACGAAAUAAAUUAUGAAAGUUUGAAAUUUGGAAAUUA